AUCACGUGAACGGAAGUGAGUGACAUCAUCACAACAGUGGACGCCUGGGUAGCGUCCGUUACCCCAUCUCGAUUACUACAAUAUUUCGGAAACGUUUGCGUCACAACCGCUAUGUUCUGCUUGGCGCGUACUAGUUUAUCGCUCUGACCGACCAGCGUAUUUGCUAUUUCACUCGAUAGUCGUGAUCGACAAACAUCAUGGUGGAACAGUCGGAUCGCGCUCCGCUGCUGGACUGGGAGGAGAUCCCCCCGGCUGAACUUGCCCCAUCGGCUCCGUCAGCAGAGACAGAGGAUUCAUCGCAGUCAGAUUUAUCGAAUUGUCCGGGUCAGGGCGUUGGAGAGGCAGAUAUCUCGUUGAGGAUCAGCCCAGGACAUAUUUCAACAGCUGUUUCAGGGGAAAGUGCACGCGGCCCGUGGGGAGAUGCUAGUGGUGCCGAUGAGGAAUCGGACUGCGCCUUUCAUGGACUGUCCAUACGGGAUCGGAGAGUUGCUGAAUGGGAAGAAAAAGAUCAAAUUGUUGCUGUUUUUGUGGUGACUUUCGACACAAGAUCGGGGAACAUGAUAGAAUGGUGUCUACCUCAAGAUGUCAACCUGGAUGGUGUUGAGUUCAAGUCAAUGGCCAGUGGCUCUCAUCGCAUCGCAAGUGACUUCAUAUAUUUCCGUAAAGGCUGUUACUUUGGACUAGCGUGCUUCGCCAACAUGCCAGUGGAGAGUGAACUGGAGCGUGGGGCUCGGAUGAAAUCUGUAGGGAUUUUGUCUCCUUCUUACACACUACUGUACCGUUACAUGCACUUUCUGGAGAACCAGGUCCGGCACCAACUGCAAUGCCCAGGCCAGUAUUCUCCAUUGGAAGCUUUCUACGAGGAUAAGAAGGCAGUGUUGCCCCCAGGAGGGAAUGGUUUGGUCACAGCAUGUCCGACCAGUGCUAUUGGGCCAAUAGUCAAUCGCUGCAUGCAUCCAGAGAUGAAGAUCACGCACCCGGCUGGCUGCAUGUCCCAGUUCAUCCGCUUCUUUGGAGAGCAGAUCAUGGUGCUGUGGAAGUUUGCUUUGCUAAGGAAACGCAUCCUAAUUUUCUCUCCUCCACCUGUCGGUGUGGUCUGCUAUCGGGUUUACUGCUGCUGCUGUCUUGCUAAUGUCUCUAUUCCUGGUAUGGGCGCAUCUGUUCCGGAGUUACGCCCCUUCUUCUACAUCAAUGUGGCUGACAUCACAGCUCUUGAGACCGAGGUGUCUUACGUGGCCUGUACAACAGAGAAGAUCUUUGAGGAAAAGAAGGAGUUAUAUGAUGUCUACAUUGACAACCAGAAUGUGAAGACACACAGAGAAAGCCUCCAACCUUUGCUCAGACUCAACAGUGCGGAUAAAGAGAAGUACCGAAAGCUGUGUGAACAGAGGCAGUUGCUGUUGUACUCUCAGGAGGUGGAUGGAGAUUGCACAUCUGAAGAGGACCUCUUUAUUCUGUUCUUCAUGGAGCAGAAUAACAGAAUCUUCCAGACCCUGACUGAGGUGGCAGGAAGUGCUGAUUCAACCCUGACCGCUGAACAUGUGAGAGCCAUGGGGCUGGAUCCUCAGGGCGACCGCGGCUUUCUUGUCGACUUGCUAGAGGUCUACGGCAUCGACGUCAUGCUGGUUAUCGACAACCCCUGCUGCCCGAGCCAUUCUUGACCCCUUUGGAUGCCACUGAUACCACCACCAAUCCGUCUGCAGGCUUUUUGUGCACUCUGCAGCCAGCCAAUCAGUGAAGUCUUUCUGCUUGUCUGUCUGUCUGUGUGAUUAGUGUCCUCCCAGCCAUCCCGGACUUUGCCUAAGCUUGUAUCCAAAACGUGAUGAAACUUAUCUUCGUGCCUCUUUCUACUGCUUCUCAAUGUGUCACAGUGUUCUUCAGUUGUUACUUUGUUUUUUAGCCAGUGCUGUUUUGGGGAACUGAUGUGACGCCCAUAGUGUGCUUCACAUGGAUGCAGGAGAAUGGAAUGGAAGAAAUCCUCAAUCAAGGGAACAACUCUCAGACCCGGAUUGAACUUUUUGGUUUUAACAAUGGUCUGGUGAGGUCUGCCUUGGAUAUUUGGAUUUCUUUAAUGGUUUAAUGAUUGUUGAGUAUUACACACUACCGUGCUGGUGAGGAUUUUUACAAUGUUUGCCGCAUUUUCUAAACAUACUUGUACGUGUUUGUGGGUGUUUUGUUCUGUUCCUUCGACAAUGAGGUGUAUUUUCUAUUUUGCAUGGACCAAGACACAAUCAAUUUGCCACAUGUAAAGCUGUAUUUUGGCACAGCUUGGUUGUUUAUUAAUCUACUGUAUAUGAAACUGUCUACACUGUAAAAGGUUUUCAGUCCAUCUAAUUUCAGUGGUAGCUGUGACUGAACUCUUAUUUAUUUAAUCAACACUAUCAGUGACAAAAUAACUAGUGAUGGCAUCCACAAAAUGUUUUUUUUAAGGUAAGGCAUAAAACAUUGCUGGAUAAGCCUUUUUUCACUCUUGGCACUGAAUGUAAAUGAUACAUUGUCAUACAAGUGAUGCAAACAGACACAGAAAUGUUAUCUUCAGCUUUGAGAGUCAUUUAAUAAUGCGCUCUGAAGUAAUGAAUGUGAUUCAAUUUCUGUCUUAAAUCUGUUACCUGUGAAAGUAAUUACAUGAAUAUGUAUAUACUUCGGUUUUAUUUCCAUGUAUUCGGGUCGAUCAUUGCUGAAAACAGCAGUGGACUGGCUUUGGAUUAUUGAUUGUGGGUUUUUGUGCGUGUGUUGCGUGUGGCUCUGUCCUGUGAAGACCUAAACUGGAUGCUUAACACUGUUAAAAUGAUUUAUAAACGGUAUUAAUCAAGGUGAAAUUUAUCAUAAAGUAUUUACUUUAAUCCUUUCCGUUAACACAAAAUGAUAUAUUAAUUUAAUUGAAUGUGAAUUCGAGGUUUUCAACCCACUGACUGAAUCUCCUGUGGUAAGGUCAACAAAUACAGUACUCAUUUUCAGCAUUGAGUGCAGGCACUCAGGUCUGGCACGGUUUAAUAAAGACACAAACUUAAUAAAUGCAAGAUCAUAUUCAAUUAAUAAAAAAUUAAUACUGUAUUAUACUCUUAUUACGUUGACUUUAAGGAUUUUAUGACUAAAUGUGAAUUUUCUUUUGUACAUUUCAUAUCUAUCAGAGAAUUUAAGAGAACUUUCUUGUUUAAAAUAAUCUUACAAACAGUCCUCUUUAAAAAUGAUUGCUGAUUGUUUAUUGUCCUCCGUAUGUAAAAGGUGGAGAAUGUAUAUUUAGCAGCCAUGUAACAUAUAUUGUGUAUGUAUAAUUUAAUUAGUUUUUUUUUAGAUUAUGUAAAUGGUACACCCAGUCUUGUCACAAAAACAUGCUUAGUGAAUGUUGAAUUUUACUGUACUAGUAUCACAAUGCCUCUGUCUCAUACACUACCGACACGGUAAUACAACUUAACAGCAUGUAUCUGUUGUUUAACAAAGCAAGUGAUUCUUAUUCACUGCCAUUUUAAAAUAAAUGGUCUUCUUUUCUAUCA